UCGUCCCUGUCCAGUCUGAGGACCGGCCAGAGUGUGGGCUGCUGGGUGCAAACUUUGUCGGUCCUGGGCACUUGGAGGGAGGUGAGACCCAGCAGCCCCUGACCCACCACUUGGGCACUGCCCAGAGCCCUCCAUAAAGAGAGGACCCCACCACCGCGAGUACCAACAUGGAUCCCUCCUCGUUUAGCGGUGCACCUCGCUUCCUCACACGGCCCAAAGCCUUCGUGGUGUCGGUGGGCAAGGAUGCUACACUCAGCUGCCAGAUCGUGGGCAACCCCACGCCGCAGGUGAGCUGGGAGAAAGACCAGCAGCCAGUAGAGGCAGGUGCGCGCUUCCGCCUGGCCCAGGACGGCGACCUGUACCGACUCACCAUCCUGGACCUGGCGCUCGGUGACAGCGGGCAGUACGUGUGUCGCGCGCGCAACGCCAUUGGAGAGGCCUUCGCGGCAGUAGGCUUGCAGGUGGACGCUGAGGCCGCGUGCGCUGAGCAGGCCCCACACUUCCUGCUGCGCCCGACAUCCAUCCGCGUGCGGGAGGGCUCUGAGGCUACUUUCCGCUGCUGCGUGGGCGGCUCCCCAAAGCCAGCGGUGAGCUGGUCCAAGGAUGGGCGACGCCUGGGAGAGCCCGAUGGCCCCCGCGUGCGCGUGGAGGAGCACGGGGAGGCGAGCGCGCUACGCAUCCGGGCUGCAAGGCCGCGCGACGGCGGCACUUAUGAGGUGCGCGCAGAGAACCCGCUGGGCUCUGCCAGUGCCGCCGCCGCGCUGGUGGUGGACUCCAACGCAGACGUGGCCAGCCCGCCAGGAACCUCCACGGCCGCGCUCUUGGCACACCUGCAGCGGCGGCGCGAGGUCAUGCGCGCUGAGGGCGCCCCGGCCUCGCCACCUAGCAGCGGCACACGCACCUGCACUGUGACCGAAGGCAAGCACGCGCGCCUCAGCUGUUAUGUGACUGGUGAGCCCAAGCCCGACACAGUGUGGAAGAAAGACGGACAGCUGGUGACCGAAGGCCGGCGCCACGUGGUAUACGAGGACGAGCAGGAGAACUUCGUACUCAAGAUCCUCUUCUGUAAGCAAUCGGACCGCGGCCUCUACACCUGCACGGCGUCCAACCUCGUGGGCCAGACCUACAGCUCUGUGCUGGUCGUUGUGCGCGAGCCCGCGGUGCCCUUCAAGAAGCGGCUGCGAGACCUGGAGGUGCGGGAAAAGGAGGCGGCCACGUUCCUGUGUGAGGUGCCGCAGCCGACCACCGAGGCCAAGUGGUACAAGGAGGAGACACGGCUGUGGGAGAGCGCCAAGUACCGCAUUGAGGAAGAGGGCACUGAGCGCAGGCUGACAGUGCGCAAUGUCUCUGCUGACGACGACGCUGUGUACAUUUGCGAGACCCAGGAGGGCAACCGCACUGUUGCUGAGCUCGCGGUCCAAGGUAACCUCCUCCGAAAGCUCCCUCGGAAGACAGCAGUGCGUGUGGGGGACACGGCCAUGUUCUUUGUGGAGCUGGCCGUCCCGGAGGGCCCAGUCCGCUGGCUGAGGAACCAGGAGGAGGUGGUGGCCGGGGGCCGCGUGACCAUCAAUGCAGAGGGCACAUGCCACACGUUGAUCAUCUCGAAGUGCAGCCUGGAAGACAUGGGCGAGGUGGCCUUCCUGGCUGGUGACAGCCGGACAUCCACCCAAUUUUGCGUGUCUGCCCCCAGGAAGCCACCACUGCAUGCCCCUGUGGACCCCAUGGUAAAGACCAGGACAGAGAGUUCUGUGACCCUUGGCUGGUCCCCGCCAGCCUAUGGGGACCGCCCUGUCACCAUUGACGGCUACCUGGUAGAGAAGAAGCGGCUUGGCACCUAUACCUGGAGUCGGUGCCACGAGGCAGAGUUGGUAGCCACAUCUGAGCUGACUGUGGCUGGUGUGGCGGAGGAGGGGGACUUCCAGUUCCGGGUGUCAGCUAUCAACAGCUUUGGCCAGAGUCCCUACCUUGAAUUCCCAGGCACCAUUCACCUGGUUCCGCAGCUGGCUGUAAGGACACCACUGAAGGCAGUGGAAGCAGUGGAGGGUGGUGAGGUCACCUUCUCCGUGGACCUCACGGUGGCCUCAGCAGGCGAGUGGUUCCUGGAUGGGCAGGCCCUGAAGGCCAGCAGCGUGUAUGUGAUCCACCAUGACCGAACCCAGCACACACUCACCAUCCGGGGAGUGCCGGCCAGCCUGCAUGGGGCACAGCUCAAGUUCGUGGCCAAUGGCAUUGAGAGUAGCAUCAGGAUGGAGGUCCGAGCGGCCCUGGGGCUGCCCACCAACAAGCCACCAGCUGUGGCUGCCCAGGAGGUGCUGGCCCGGCUACAUGAGGAGGCACAGCUGCUGGCUGAGCUAUCAGACCAGGCGGCAGCCGUGACAUGGCUGAAAGAUGGCCGUGCACUGCCUCCAGGCCCCAAGUAUGAGGUGCAGGCAUCUGCUGGGCGGCGGGCGCUGCUUGUGCGUGAUGUGGUGCGGGACGAUGCUGGCCUUUAUGAGUGUGUCAGCCAUGGUAGCCGCCUUGCCUACCAGCUGUCUGUGCAAGGCCUCACGGCCUUUCUACACAAGGACAUGGCAGGCGGCUGUGUGGAUGCUGUGGCUGGGGGGCUGGCCCAGUUCGAGUGUGAGACUUCGGAGGCCCACGUUCGCGUGCGCUGGUACAAGGAUGGCACUGAGCUGAGUCACUCCUGUGAGCGCUUCAUCCAGGAGGAUGUGGGGACACGGCACCGGCUGGUGGCAGUUGCAGUCACCAGGCAGGAUGAAGGCACCUAUUCCUGCCGCGUUGGUGAGGACUCCGUGGACUUCCAGCUCAGAGUCUCUGAGCCCGCAGCGGUGUUUGCCAAGGAGCAGCCAGAGCUCACCCAGGUGCAGGCUGAAGUGGGGGCCAGUGCGAUGCUAAGUUGCAAGGUGGCCCAGGCUCAGACAGAGGUGACGUGGUACAAGGAUGGGAAGAAGCUGAGCUCUAGCCCGAAGGUGCACUUGGAGGCCAAGGGGAGCCAGAGGCAGCUGGUGGUGCAGCAAGUGGGCAAGGCGGAUGCUGGGGAGUACACCUGUGAGGCUGGGGGCCAGAGGAUCUCUUUCCACCUGGACAUCACAGAGCCCACAGCCGUAUUUGCAAAAGAUCAGCCGGCCCACAGGGAGGUGCAAGCUGAAGCAGGGGCUAGUGCCACUCUGAGCUGUGAGGUGGCCCAGGCCCAGACAGAGGUGACAUGGUACAAGGAUGGAAAGAAGCUGAGCUCCAGCUCCAAAGUACGUGUGGAGGCAAAGGGGAGCCAGAGGCGGCUGGUGGUGCAGCAGGCGGGCAAGGCGGAUGCUGGGGAGUACAGCUGUGAGGCUGGGGGCCAGAAGGUCUCCUUCCACCUGGACGUCACAGAGCCCAAGUUGGUAUUUGCCAAGGAUCAGCCAGAGCGUAGCCAGGUGCAGGCUGAAGCAGGGACCACUGCCAUUCUGGGUUGCAAGGUGGCCCAGGCCCAGAUGGAGGUGACGUGGUACAAGGAUGGGAAGAAGCUGAGCACUAACUCCAAAGUGCAUGUGGAGGCCAAGGGGAACCAGAGGCGGCUGAUGGUGCAGCAGGCAGGCAAGGCAGAUGCCGGGGAGUACAGCUGUGAGGCCGGGGGCCAGAAAGUCUCCUUCCACCUGGAUGUCACAGAGCCUAAGGUGGUGUUUGCCAAGGAUCAGCCAGCCUGCAGGGAGGUGCAGGCUGAGGCAGGAGCUAGUGCCACCCUGAGCUGUGAGGUGGCCCAGGCCCAGACGGAGGUAUCGUGGUACAAGGAUGGAAAAAAGCUGAGCUCUAGCUCCAAAGUGCAUGUGGAGGCAAAGGGGAGCCAGAGGCGGCUGGUGGUGCAGCAGGCGGGCAAGGCGGAUGCUGGGGAGUACAGCUGUGAGGCCGGGGGCCAGAGGGUCUCCUUCCACCUGGAUGUCACAGAGCCUAAGGCAGUGUUUGCCAAGGAGCAGGUGGCAUGCAAGGAGGUACAGACUGAGGCGGGGACCAGUGCCACACUGAGUUGUGAAGUGGCCCAGGCACAGACGGAGGUGACAUGGUACAAGGACGGCAAGAAGUUGAGCUCAAGCUCAAAGGUGCACAUGAAGGCCUCGGGCUGCACACGGCAGCUAGUGGUGCAGCAGAUGGGCAAGGCAGAUGCAGGGAAGUACAGCUGCGAGGCUGGGGGCCAGAAGAUCUCCUUCUGCCUGGACGUGACAGAACCCAAGUUGGUGUUUGCCAAGGAUCAGCCAGCCCACAGGGAGGUGCAGGCUGGGGCAGGAGCUAGUGCCACCCUGAGCUGUGAGGUGGCCCAGGCCCAGACAGAGGUGAUGUGGUACAAGGAUGGGAAGAAGCUGAGUUCUAGUUCCAAAGUGCACAUGGAGGCAAAGGGGAGCCAGAGGCGGCUAGUGGUGCAGCAGGCGGGCAAGGCAGACGCCGGGGAGUACAGCUGUGAGGCCGGGGGCCAGAGGGUCUCUUUCCACUUGGAUGUCACAGAGCCAAAAGUGGUGUUUGCCAAGGAGCAGCCAGAGCUCAGUCAGGUGCAGGCUGAGGCAGGGGCCAAUGCCACACUGAGCUGUGAGAUGGCUCAGGCCCAGACUGAGGUGACAUGGUACAAGGAUGGGAAGAAGCUGAGCUCCAGCUCCAAAGUGCGUGUGGAGGCAAAAGGGAGUCAGAGGCGGCUGGUGGUGCAGCAGGCGGGCAAGGCGGAUGCUGGGGAGUACAGCUGUGAGGCCAGCGGCCAGAAGGUCUCCUUCCACCUGGAUGUCACAGAGCCUAAGGUGGUGUUUGCCAAGGAUCAGCCAGCCUGCAGGGAGGUGCAGGCUGAGGCAGGAGCUAGUGCCACCCUGAGCUGUGAGGUGGCCCAGGCCCAGACGGAGGUAUCAUGGUACAAGGAUGGAAAGAAGCUGAGCUCCAGUUCCAAAGUGCAUGUGGAGGCAAAGGGGAGCCAGAGGCGGCUGGUGGUGCAGCAGGCGGGCAAGGCGGAUGCCGGGGAGUACAGCUGCGAGGCCGAGGGUCAGAGAGUCUCUUUCCACCUGAAUGUCACAGAGUCCAAGUUGGUGUUCGCCAAGGAGCAGGCAGAGCACAGCGAAGUGAAGGCUGAGGCAGGGGCCAGUGCCACCCUGAGCUGUGAAGUAGCUCAGGCCCAGACAGAGGUGACGUGGUACAAGGAUGGGAAGAAGCUGAGCUCCAGCUCCAAAGUGCACAUAGAGGCAAAGGGGAACCAGAGGCAGCUGGUGGUGCAGAAGGCAGGCAAAGCAGAUGCUGGAGAGUACAGCUGUGAGGCCAAGGGCCAGAGUGUCUCAUUCUGCCUGGAUGUCACAGAGCCCAAGAUGGUGUUUGCCAAGGAGCAGCCAGAGCUCAGUGAGGUGCAUGCUGAGACGGGGGCCAGUGCCACCCUGAGCUGUGAGGUGGCCCAGGCCAAGACAGAGGUGACAUGGUACAAGGAUGGGAAGAAGCUGAGUUCCAGCUCCAAAGUGCACGUGGAGGCCAAGGGGAACCAGAGGCGGCUGGUGGUGCAGCAGGCGGGCAAGGCAGAUUCUGGGGAGUACAGCUGUGAGGCUAAGGGACAGAAGGUCUUCUUCCACCUAGACGUCACAGAGCCAAAACUGGUGUUUUCCAAGGAGCAGCCAGAGCACAGUCAGGUGCAGGCCGAGGUGGGGGCCAAUGCCACGUUGAGCUGUGAGGUGGCCCAGGCCCAGACGGAGGUGACGUGGUACAAGGAUGGGAAGAAGCUGAGCUCCAGCUCCAAAGUGUGUGUGGAGGCCAAGGGGACCCAGAGGCGGCUGGUGGUGCAGCAGGCGGGCAAGGCGGAUGCCGGAGAGUACAGCUGUGAGGUGGCCGGCCAGAGGGUCUCUUUCUGCUUGGAUGUCACAGAGCCCAAGGUGGUGUUUGCCAAGGAGCAGCCAGAGCACAGCCAAGUACAGGCCGAGGUGGGGGCCAGCGCCACCCUGAGCUGUGAGGUGGCCCAGGCCCAGACAGAGGUGACGUGGUACAAGGAUGGGAAGAAGCUGAGCUCCAGCUCCAAAGUGUGUGUGGAGGCCAAGGGGAGCCAGAGGCGGCUGGUGGUGCAGCAGGCAGGCAAGGUGGAUGCUGGGGAGUACAGCUGUGAGGCCGGGGGCCAGAAGGUCUCUUUCCAUCUGGACGUUACAGAGCCCAAGGCAGUAUUUGCCAAGGAGCAGCCAGAGAGUAGCCAGGUACAGGCCGAGGCAGGAUCCAGCACCACACUGAACUGUGAGGUGGCCCAGGCCCAGACAGAGGUGACAUGGUACAAGGAUGGGAAGAAGCUGAGCUCCAGCUCAAAGAUGCACUUGGAGGCAUCCGGCUGCACACGGCGGCUGGUGGUGCAGCAGGCGGGCAAGAUGGAUGCCGGAGAGUACAGCUGUGAGGCCAGGGGCCAGAGGGUUUUCUUUCACCUGAAUGUCACAGAGCCUGAGCCUGAAGUUCCAGAGAGACCCAGCCGCAGAGAACCUCUGGUGGUCAGGGAGCAUGAAGACAUCAUCCUGACUGCCACACUGGUGGCACCUUCUGUGGCCACAGUGACAUGGCUCAAGGAUGGUGUGGAGAUUCGCCGCAGCAAGCGGCAUGAGAUGGCCAGCCUUGGGAACACCCACACUCUUACUAUGCGUGGUGCCCAGGUCCUGGACAGCGCUGUCUACAGCUGUCGUGUGGGUGCUGAGGGCCAGGACUUCCCGGUACAAGUGGAAGAGGUGGUGUCCAAGUUCUGCCGGGGCCUGGAGCCUGUGAGUGGCGAGUUUGGGGGAACAGUGACAUUGACCUGUGAGCUGAGCCCGGCGCAGGCCGAGGUGGUGUGGCGCUGCGGGAGUGCACAGCUCAGGCCUGGCAAGCGCUUCCAGAUGGCAGCCGAGGGGCCCCUACGCUCACUCACCAUUUCUGGGCUGCGUGCUGAGGACGCAGGGGAGUACGUGUGUGAAAGCCGGGAUGACAGCACCAGCACAUCCCUUACUGUCAGCGUACCCCGUGUGGUCAAGUUCACCUCUGGACUGAGCCCCGUGGUCGCGGAGGAGGGCUGCGAGGCUACCUUUCAGUGCGUGGUGUCUCCCAGUGAUGCAGUUGUCACAUGGUACAGGGAGAGCACUGCGCUGCAGCCCAGUGAGAAGUUUGUUAUAGCGCAGAACGGUGCUGGCCACAGCCUGACCAUCUCAGGCCUGGCCCUGGAGGAUGCAGGCCAGAUCACAGCCAAGGCGGAGGGUGCCUCAUCUUCAGCUGCCCUGCGGGUCCGAGAAGCUCCAGUGCUGUUCAAGAGGAAGCUAGAGCCUCAGACAGUAGAGGAGUGGAGCUCAGUGACCCUGGAGGUGGAGCUGACGCGGCCAUGGCCAGAGUUGCGGUGGACACGAAAUGCAGUGGCUCUGGCACCGGGUGAGAACGUGGAGAUCCAUGCUGAGGGUGUGCGUCACCGUCUGGUUCUGCAUAACGUGGGGUUCCCGGAUCGCGGCUUCUUUGGCUGCGAGACACCCCAUGACAAGACACAGGCCAAACUCACAGUGGAAAUGCGCCAGGUCCGUCUUGUACGGGGCCUGCAGGAGGUGGAGGCACGGGAGCAGGGCACAGCCACCAUGGAAGUGGAGCUGUCACAUGCUGAUGUGGAGGGCAGCUGGACUCGUGAUGGCCUGAGACUCCAGCCAGGGCCCACAUGCCACCUGGCGGUGCAAGGCCCUACACACACCCUCAAGCUCUCGGAGCUGCGACUGGAGGAUAGCGGCCUGGUGGCCUUCAAGGCAGAGGGCGUGCACACAUCUGCACGACUUGUUGUCACUGAGCUGCCUGUGCGGUUCACCUGCCCACUACAGGACGUCAUGACCACCCAGAAGGAGAAGGUGACCCUGGAGUGUGAGCUGUCACGUCCCAAUGUUGACGUGCGCUGGCUGAAGGAUGGCGUGGAGCUGCGGGCGGGCAAGACGGUGGGUGUGGCCACCCAAGGCACCCAUAGGAGCCUGGUCAUUUACCGCUGUGAGUUCUCGGACCAGGGCGUGUACGUGUGUGAUGCUGGGGACGCCCAGAGCUCUGCCUCUGUGAAAGUGCAAGGCCGCAACGUCCAGAUUGUGAAGUCUCUGGAAGAUGUUGAAGUGAUGGAGAAAGAAGGUGCCACUUUCUCUUGUGAGGUCUCCCAUGACGAGGUGCCUGGGCAGUGGUUCCAUGAGAACACCAAGCUGCGGCCCAGUGACAACGUGCGCAUCCGCCAGGAAGGAAGGACAUACACUCUUAUCUACUGGAGGGUCCUGGCAGAAGAUGCAGGAGAGAUCAAGUUUGUAGCAGAAAAUGCAGAAUCACGAGCCCAGCUCCGAGUGAAAGAGCUGCCAGUGACCCUCCUACGUCCACUUCGGGACAAGAUUGCCAUGGAGAAGCACCGAGGCGUGCUAGAGUGUCAGAUGUCUCGGGCCAGCGCACAGGUGCGGUGGUUCAAGGGCACCCAGGAGCUGCAGCCUGGGCCCAAGUACGAGAUGGUCAGUGAUGGUGUCUACCGCAAGCUGAUCAUCAAGGAUGUGCAACCUGAGGAUGAGGACACCUACACCUGCGAUGCUGGUGACGUCAAGACCAGUGCCCAGUUUUUUGUGGAAGAGCAAUCCAUCACUAUUGUGCGGGGCCUGCAGGAUGUGACAGUGAUGGAGCCUGCCCCUGCCUGGUUCGAGUGUGAGACCUCCAUUCCCUCAGUGCGGCCACCCAAGUGGCUCCUGGGGAAGACGGUGCUGAAGGCAGGGCCCGAUAUAGGGAUGGAGCAGGAGGGCACAGUGCACCGGCUGACCCUGCGGAGGACCUACUCCACCAUGACAGGGUCUGUGCAUUUCACCAUUGGCAAGUCCCGCUCCUCUGCCCACCUGGUGGUGUCAGACAUCCCUGUGGCCCUCACAAGGCCUCUAGAGCCCAAGAUGGGGCGUGAGCUGCAGUCAGUGGUCCUAUCCUGUGACUUCCGGCCGUCCCCAAAGGCUGUGCAGUGGUACAAGGAUGACAUGCCCCUGUCUCCCUCUGACAAAUUCAAGAUGAGCCUGCAGGGUCAGAUGGCUGAGCUGCGUGUUCUCCGGCUCACUCCUGCUGAUGCUGGUAUCUACCGGUGCCAGGCAGGCAGUGCACAGAGCAGUGCCGAAGUCACCGUUGAAGCACGGGAGGUGACAGUGACGCAGCCACUGCAGGAUGCUGAGGCCAUGGAGGAGGGCCGGGUCAGCUUCUCCUGCGAGCUUUCCCAUGAGGAUGAAGAGGUUGAGUGGUCACUCAAUGGGACACCCUUGUACAAUGACAGCUUCCAUGAGAUCACACAUGAGGGCCGGUGCCACAUGCUGGUGCUGAAGAGUGUCCGCCUGGCAGAUUCGGGAACCGUGCGUGUCACCUCCCCAAAGGUAUCUGCCUCAGCCCACCUGGAGGUCCGAGCAAAACCGGCGGUGUUCCUGAGGGCACUGGAUGAUGUGUCUGUGGAAGAGCGUGGCACCCUGGCCCUGCAGUGCGAGGUGUCCAACCCCGAGGCCCAUGUGGUAUGGUGCAAAGAUGGUGUGCCACUGGGCCCCAGUGACAAAUACAACUUCCUGCACACAGCUGGCACACGGGGGCUCGUGGUGCAUGACCUGAGCCCUGAGGACGCUGGGCUGUAUACCUGCCACAUGGGUACAGAGGAGACCCACGCCCGGGUCAGCGUGCACGACCUGCAUGUGGGUAUCACCAAAAGACUGAAGACGAUGGAGGUGCUGGCAGGUGAGAGCUGCACCUUUGAGUGCGUCCUAUCCCAUGAGAGUGCGGGUGACCCAGCUAUGUGGACGAUUGAUGGGAAGACAGUGGGCAGCUCUGCCCACUUCCAGGCCACACGCCAGGGCCGAAAAUACACACUAACAGUCAGAGAUGCUGCACCUAGCGAUACUGGGGAGGUGGUCUUCUCCGUGCGGGGCCUUACCUCCAAGGCAUCACUCAUUGUCAAAGAGAGGCCAGCAAACUUCACUAAGCCCCUGGAAGACCAGCGGGCUGUCCUGGGAGAGGACGUGGUGCUGAGCUGUGAGCUGUCGCGGAUGGGUGCCCCAGUUCGCUGGCUGAAGGAUGGCAAAGCCAUCCGCAAGAGUCAGAAGUAUGAUGUACUCGUUGAAGGCAUGCAGGCUGUGCUGGUCAUCCGUGGGGCCUCACUGAAGGAUUCAGGCACAUACACAUGCGAAGUGGAGGAUUCUAAGAGCACAGCCCGCCUCCAAGUGGAAGAAAAGCCAAACCGUUUCACGGAGGAGCUGGCUGACUUACAGGUGGAGGAGAAGGGCACUGCUGUGUUCACGUGCAUGACAGAGAGGCCUGUGGCCACGGUGACAUGGCGCAAGGGCCUCACAGAGCUGCGGGCUUCAGGGAAGCACCGGCCCAGCCAGGAGGGCCUGACGCUGAGGCUUACCAUCAAUGCCCUGGAGAAGGCAGACAGUGACACCUACACUUGUGACAUUGGCCAGGCUCAGUCCCAGGCUCGGCUCCUGGUACAAGGCCAGAGUGUGCGCAUCGUCGAGGACCUAGAGGACAUGGACGUGCAGGAGGGCUCCUCUGCCACCUUCCGCUGCCGUGUCUCCCCUGCUGACUACAAGCCUGUGUAUUGGUUCUUGGACAAGACACCCCUGCACCCCAACGAGCUGAAUGAGAUUGAGGCCCAGCCUGGAGGCUACCAUGUGCUGACCCUGCGGCAGCUUGCACUCAAGGACUCAGGCACUGUCCACUUUGAGGUGGGCGACCAGCGGGCCUCGGCUUCCCUGAGCGUUACUGAGAAGCCAAGUGUCUUCUCCCAGGAGCUAAUGGAUGCCACAGUCACAGAGGGAGAGGACUUGACUCUUACAUGUGAGACCAGUGCCCCAGACAGCCCUGUGCACUGGACCAAGGACGGGAAGACCCUGCGACCAUCUGCCCGGUGUCAGCUGAGCUAUGAGGGUCGCCAGGCCCAGCUGGUCCUCACUGGGGCCACCCCGCAGGACAGUGGGCGUUACAAGUGUGAGGCUCGUGGGGCCUGCUGCAGUGCCAUUGUCAGGGUUCAUGCCCGGCCAGUGCAGUUCCGGGAGGCCCUGAAGGACUUGGAGGUGCCAGAGGGUGGAGCUGCAACACUGCGGUGCAUGCUGUCAUCUGUGGCUGCUCCUGUGGAGUGGCGACGUGGGGACAGUGUCCUCAGGUCAGGUGACAAGUAUAGCCUGCGUCAGGAGGGCACCAUGCUGGAGCUAGUGGUCCGGGACCUGCAGCCCCAGGACAGCGGGCAAUACUCAUGCUCCUUCGGGGACCAGGUGACGUCUGCCACACUCACUGUGAAGGCCCUGCCCGCCCAGUUCAUAGGGAGGCUGAGAAACAAGGAGGCCACGGAAGGGACCAUGGCCUCACUGAGGUGUGAGCUGAGCAAGGUGGCCCCUGUGGAGUGGAAGAAGGGGUCUGAGACCCUCAGAGCUGGGGACAGAUACAGCCUGAGGCAAGACGGGGCCGUGUGUGAGCUACAGAUCUGUGAUGUGGCUGUGGCGGAUGCCGGGGAGUACUCAUGUGUCUGCGGGCAGGAGAAGACCUUGGCCACUCUCACUGUCAGGGCCCUGCCUGCCCACUUCAUAGGAAGACUGAGAAACCAAGAGGCCAUGGAAGAAGCCACGACUACACUUCGGUGUGAGCUGAGCAAGGCAGCCCCUGUAGAGUGGAAGAAGGGGCCUGAAACCCUCAGAGAUGUGGACAGAUACAGCCUGAGGCAGGACGGGGCUGUGUGUGAGCUGCAGAUCCAUGGCGUGGCCAUGGCAGAUGCUGGAGAGUACUCAUGUGUGUGUGGGCAGGAGAGGACCUCAGCCACACUAACUGUCAGAGCCCUGCCUGCCAAAUUCACAGAGGGUCUGAAGAAUGAAGAGGCUGCAGAAGGGGCUAUGGCCACACUGCGGUGUGAACUGAGCAAGGGGGCUCCUGUGGAGUGGAGGAAGGGGCCCAAGAUCCUCAGAGACGGGGACAGAUACAGCCUGAGGCAGGACAGGACCACAUGUGAGCUGCAGAUCUGUGGCCUGUCCAUGGAAGACACCGGAGAGUACUCGUGUAUGUGUGGGCAGGAGAGGACCUCAGCCACGCUCACUGUCAGGGCCCUGUCCCCCAGGUUCAUAGAAGACAUGAGGAACCAGGAGGCCACAGAAGGGGCCACAGUCACCUUGCAGUGUGAGCUGAGCAAGGCAGCCCCUGUGGAGUGGAGGAAGGGGCCCGAGACUCUCAGAGAUGGGGACAGAUACAGCAUGAGGCAGGACGGGACCCAAUGUGAGCUGCAGUUCCAUGACCUGGCUGUGGCGGAUGCUGGAGAGUACUCGUGUAUUUGUGGGCAGGAGAGGACCUCAGCCACACUCAUUGUAAAGGCCCUUCCUGCUCGAUUCAUUCAAGAUCUGAAGAACAAGGAGGCUACAGAAGGGACCACAGCCGUGCUGCAAUGUGAGCUGAGCAAGGCGGCCUCCGUGGAGUGGAGGAAGGGGCCCAAGGCCCUCAGAGCUGGGGACAGAUACAGCCUGAAGCAGGAGGGGGCCAUGUGUGAGCUGCAGAUUUGUGGCCUGGCCUUGGAAGACACUGGAGAGUACUCAUGUGUGUGUGGACAGGAGAAGACCUCGGCCGUGCUGACUGUCAGGGCCCUGCCUGCCAGAUUCACAGAAGAUUUGAGAAGCCAAGAGGCCACAGAAGGGGCCAUGGCCAUACUGCAGUGUGAGUUGAGCAAGGCAGCCCCUGUGGAGUGGAAGAAGGGGCCUGAGACUCUCACAGAUGGGGACAGAUACAGCCUGAGGCAGGACAGGACCAUAUGUGAGCUGAAGAUCCAGGGCCUGGCUCUGGCAGAUGCUGGCGAGUAUUCAUGCAUGUGUGGGCAGGAGAGGACCUCGGCCACACUCACCAUCAGGGCCCUGCCUGCCAAGUUCACAGAGGGUCUGAAGAGUAAAGAGGCCAUGGAAGAGGCCACAGUCAUGCUACAAUGUGAGCUGAGCAAAGUGGCCCCUGUGGAAUGGAGGAAAGGGCCCGAGACCCUCACAGAUGGGGACAGAUAUAGCCUGAGGCAGGACAGGACCACGUGUGAGCUGCAGAUCCGUGGCCUGUCUAUGGCAGACACUGGAGAGUACUCGUGUGUAUGUGGGCAGGAGAGGACCUCAGCUCUGCUCACUGUCAAGGCCCUGCCUGCCAGAUUCAUAGAAGACAUGAGAAAUCAGGAGGCCACAGAAGGGGCCAUGGCCAUGCUGCAGUGUGAGCUGAGUAAGGCAGCCCCUGUGGAGUGGAAGAAGGGAACAGAGACUCUCAGAGACGGGGACAGAUACAGCAUGAGGCAGGAUGGGACUCAAUGUGAGCUGCAGAUCCAUGGCCUGACAGUGGCAGAUGCUGGGGAGUACUCCUGUGUGUGUGGGCAGGAGAAGACCUUGGCCAUCCUCACCGUCCUGGCCCUUCCUGCUCGAUUUAUUCAAAAUCUGAAAACCAAAGAGGCCACAGAAGGGACCACGGCCACACUGCAGUGUGAGCUGAGUAAGGAGGCCACUGUGGAGUGGAGGAAGGGGCGCGAGACCCUCAGAGAUGGCAACAAAUACAGCUUUCGGCAGGACAAAACCACAUGUGAGCUGCGGAUUUGUGGCCUGUCCAUGGUGGAUGCCGGAGAGUAUUCCUGCGUGUGUGGGCAAGAGAAGACCUCGGCCACACUCACUGUCAGGGCCCUGCCCGCCAAGUUCAUACAGAUUUUGAGGAAUCAAGAGGCCAUGGAAGGGGCCACAGUCAUGCUACAGUGUGAGUUGAGCAAGGUGGCCCCUGUGGAGUGGAGGAAGGGGCCCCAGGGCCUCAGAGCUGGAGACAGAUGUAGCCUGAGGCAAGAUGGGACCAAGUGUGAGCUGCAGAUCCAUGGUCUGGCUGUGGCAGAUGCCGGGCAGUACUCAUGCAUAUGUGGGCAGGAGAGGACCUCAGCCCUGCUCACUGUCAAGGCUCUACCUGCCAGAUUCACAGAAGACAUGAGAAACCAAGAGGCCACGGAAGGGACCACGGCCACUCUGUGGUGUGAGCUGAGCAAGGUGGCUCCCGUGGAGUGGAGGAAGGGAACAAAGACCCUCAGAGAUGGGGACAGAUACAGCAUGAGGCAGGAUGGGACCCAAUGUGAGCUGCAGAUCCAUGGCCUGGCCAUGGCAGAUGCUGGGGAGUACUUAUGCGUGUGUGGGGAGGAAAAGACUUCGGCCACGCUGACCGUUAGAGCCAUACCUGCCCACUUCAUAGGAAGACUGAGAAACAAGGAGGCCAUGGAAGGGGCCACAGCCACACUGAGGUGUGAGCUGAGCAAGAUGGCCCCUGUAGUGUGGAAAAAGGGGUCUGAGACUCUCACAGAUGGGGACAGAUACAGCCUGAGGCUGGAUGGGGCUGUGUGUGAGCUGCAGAUCCAUGAUCUGGCCAUGGCAGAUGCCGGGGAAUACUUGUGUAUGUGCGGGGAGGAGAGGACGUCGGCCACACUGACCGUCAGGGCCCUGCCAUCCAGGUUCAUAGAAGACAUGAGAAACCAGGAGGCCACAGAAGGGGCCACAGUCACUCUGCGGUGUGAACUGAGUAAGGCAGCCCCUGUGGAGUGGAGGAAGGGGCCCCAGACUCUCAGAGAUGGAGACAGAUACAGCAUGAGGCGAGAUGGGACGCGAUGUGAGCUACAGAUCCAUGGCCUGGCUGUGGCAGAUUCUGGGGAAUACGCAUGUGUGUGUGGGCAGGAGAGGACAUCAGCCACACUUACUGUCAGGGCCCUGCCCCCCAGGUUCAUAGAAGAUAUGAGAAACCAGGAGGCCACAGAAGGCACCACAGUCACCCUGCAGUGUGAGCUGAGCAAGGCCGCCCCUGUGGAGUGGAGGAAGGGUCCUGAGACUCUCAGAGAUGGGGACAGAUACAGUGUGAGACAGGAUGGGACACGAUGUGAACUGCAGAUUCAUGGUCUGGCUGUGGCAGAUUCUGGGGAGUACUCCUGUGUAUGUGGGCAGGAGAGAACCUCGGCCACACUCAGUGUCAAGGCCCCACAGGCGCUGUUCCGAGAGCCACUUCAGAACCUGCAGGCAGAGGAGGGCUCCAUAGCCUGCCUGAGCUGUGAGCUGUUAGAGCCAGCCAUGGCCACCAAUGUGGUCUGGAGCAAGGGCGGCCUGGAGCUGGGGGAAGACCCACGCAGGGAGCUGCGGCUGAGGGGCUGCACAGCUGAGUUGGUGUUGCGGGACCUGCGGCGGGAGGAUGCUGGCGAGUACACCUGUGCCUGUGGCUCCCAGGCUACCAGUGCCACCCUCACCAUUACAGCGGCACCCGUGCACUUCCUCCGUGAGCUGCAGGUGCAGGAGGUGGAUGAGGGCAGCACGGCACACCUGCGCUGUGAGCUGAGCCGGCCUGGCACAGGCAUAGAGUGGCGCAAGGGCUCCCUGCAGCUCUUUCCUUGUGCCAAGUACCAGAUGGUACAAGAGGGCACUGUUGCAGAGCUGUUGGUUCACAGUGUGGAGCCAGAGGAUGCGGGUGACUACACCUGUGACACAGGCCAUACGCAGAGCACAGCCACCCUCUGUGUUCAUGAGCCUGAGGUGACCAUUGUUCGGGGUCUGGUGGACAUGGACGUACAGGUGGAUGAGGAUGUGAAGUUCAGCUGUGAAGUGUCACGUGCCGGGGCCACAGAUGUGCAGUGGAGACUUCAGGGCCUGCUACUGCAAAGCAACGAGGUGACAGAGGUGGCUGUGCAGGAUGGCCGCAUCCAUACGCUCUGGCUGAAAGGUGUGACACCCGAGGAUGCUGGCACUGUCUCCUUCCAUGUGGGUGGCCACACAUCCUCUGCCCAGCUCACCGUCAGAGUCCCUGAGGUGACCAUUGUGGAGCCCCUGAAGGAUGUGCAGCUCACCGAGGGUCAGGAUGCUCGCUUCUGGUGCCGGCUGUCCAAGGCUUCGGGCCAGGAGGCCCACUGGGCCUUGGGAGGGGUGCCCUUGCAGGCCAAUGAGAUGAACGACAUCACUGUGGAGCAGGGCAACCUCCACUUGCUCACCCUGCAUAAGGUGACCAUUGAGGAUGCCGGAACUGUCAGUUUCCAGAUGGGCUCGUGUAGCUCUGAGGCCCAGCUGAAGGUCACAGUGGCAGCACUGUGUCUGGUACGUGGCUUGCAGAACGUGGAUGUCUUCGCGGGGGAGGUGGCCAUGUUCUCCUGUGAGGUGUCUCGCGCGGGUGGGCCAGAGGCCCGCUGGUGGCUGGAUGGGACCCUGCUGCAGGAUGGCCCUGAGAGCACCAUUGCUGUGCAUGAUGGGACCUUUCACUCCCUCAUGCUCUCGGGCCUGAGUGCAUCUGACUCAGGCACCAUCACCUUCCGCGCAGGGCCCCUGGUCUCCACAGCAAAGUUGUUGGUCAAAGAUCCCAUGGUGGAGGUGGUCAGUGCCAUGCAGGACGUGGCCGUGGCGGAGGGCGGCUUGGCUGAGCUCCUCUGCCAGUAUUCACGGCCUGUUCAGGCCACGUGGAAGAUGGACGAGCGGGAGGUGUGCGCAGAUGGGCACCGUGUCAUCAUAGAGCAGGACUGGAACGUGGCCAGGCUGAUCUUCAGGCCGGCCCUGCCCUGUGACAGUGGCAUCUAUUCUUGUGAGGCUGCGGGCACCCGUGUGGUGGCCCUGCUGCAAGUGCAAGCCAAGAACACAGUGGUGCGCGGGCUGGAGAACGUGGAGGCGCCCGAAGGCGGCGAAGCGCUUUUCGAGUGCCGGCUGUCCCAGCCUGAGGUGGCCGCCCACACCUGGCUGCUGGACGACGAGCCGGUGCGCACCUCAGAGAAUGCCGAGGUGGUAUAUUUCGAGAACGGCCUGCGCCACCUAUUGCUGCUCAAAAACUUGCGGCCGCAAGACAGCUGCCGGGUGACCUUCCUGGCGGGGGACAUGGUGACAUCAGCCUUCCUCACGGUCAGAGGCUGGCGCCUGGAGGUCUUGGAGGCCCCUCGGGACGUGGCAGUGCUAGCCGGAGCGCAGGCCCGCUUCAGCUGCACGCUCAGCGAGGUGGUGACCGUGGGCGAGGCGUCCUGGUACAUCAAUGGGGCUGUGGUGCAGCCGGACGAUGCCGAUUGGAAGGUUACCGCUGACGGCAACCACCACACCCUACUGCUGCACAGGGCGCAGCCACAACACGCUGGGGAGGUCACCUUCGCCUGCCGCGAUGCUGUGGCCUCUGCGCGGCUGACCGUGCUGGACCUUCCUGAUCCCCCAGAGGAUGCCGAGGUUGUGGGCCGCAGUGGCCACUCUGUGACUCUUUCUUGGGUGGCUCCCACAAGUGACGGAGGCGGUGGUCUCUGUGGUUAUCGUGUGGAAGUGAAGGAGGGGGCCACAGGCCAGUGGCGGCUGUGCCACGAGCUGGUGCCUGGGCCUGAGUGUGUGGUGGAUGGCCUGGCCCCUGGGGAGACCUAUCGCUUCCGUGUGGCAGCUGUGGGCCCAGCUGGUGCAGGGGAGCCAGUGUACUUGCCCCAGACUGUCCAGCUUGAGCCAGUUAAGCCUGUACCUCCUGUACCAUCGGUCCCCGAGAGCCGGCAGGUAGUGGCUGGCGAAGACGUUUGUCUGGAGCUUGAGGUGGCAGCUGAGGCUGAAGAGGUUGUCUGGCACAGGGGAACGGAGCGUAUCCAGCCUGGUGAUCACUUUGAGGUGGUCUCCCGGGGUCAGCGGCAGAUGCUGGUGAUCAGAGGCUUCACAGCAGAAGACCAGGGCGAGUACUGCUGUGUCCCUGCCCGGGGCCCUGAUUGCCCUGCAGCUGCCACUUUCCAAGUGGUACUGAGCACAGGCUCUGGGAAUGAGGGCCCUUCACAGCCCAGCCUGCCCCCCGAGGCAGCCCAGGAGGGUGAUCUGCACCUGCUGUGGGAGGCCCUGGCCCGCAAACGUCGCAUGAGCCGUGAGCCCACACUGGACUCCAUUAGUGAGCUGCCCGAGGAGGAUGGGCGCUCGCAGCGCCUGCAGCAGGAGAUGGAAGAGGCAGCCCCUGAUCUCUCUGAGGAAUACUCCACAGCUGAUGAGCUAGCACGCACAGGAGAGGCUGACCUUUCACACACCAGCUCUGAUGAUGAGUCUCGGGCAGGGACUCCUUCCCUGGUUGCCUACCUCAAGAAGGUUGGGAAGCCUGGCACGUCUCCACUGGCCAGCAAGGUUGAGACCCCAGCAGCUCCCUCCAUGAAGCCACAGAAGCAACAGGAGAAACUGCCUGCCAUGCACCUACCUCUGGGAGACCUAAGUGCCAAGGACCUGGGUGAUCCCUCCUUAGACAAGGCAGCUGUGAAGAUCCAGGCUGCCUUUAAAGGCUACAAGGUCCGGAAGGAGAUGAAGCAGCAGGAAGGCCCCGUGUUCUCCCACACAUUUGGGGACACUGAAAUACAGGUGGGUGAUGCCCUAAGGCUGGAGUGUGUAGUGGCCAGCAAGACGGACAUACGGGCCUGUUGGCUGAAGGAUGGCAUGGAGCUGACCGAUGGACGGCACCACCACAUCGACCAGCUUGGGGAUGGUACCUGCUGUCUGUUGGUCACUGGUGUGGGCCAUGCCGAUGCUGGCCGCUAUACCUGUCAGGUAAGCAACAAGUUUGGCCACGUGGCCCACAGUGCCAGCGUUGUGGUCAGUGGGACAGAGAGUGAGGCUGAGAGCUCAUCGGGGGGUGAGCUGGAUGACGCCUUCCGCCGGGCUGCCCGGAGGCUGCACCGCCUCUUCCGCACCAAGAGCCCAGCCGAGGUUUCAGAUGAGGAGCUCUUCCUCAGUGCUGAUGAGGGCCCCGCAGAGCCAGAGGAGCCCGCAGACUGGCAGACGUAUCGUGAAGAUGAGCAUUUUGUCUGCAUCCAUUUUGAGGCACUCCCUGAGGCCCGCCGGGCAGUCACCCGCUUCCAGGAGAUGUUUGCCAUGCUCGGCAUUGGAGUGGAGAUCAGUCUCGUGGAGCAGGGGCCCCGAGGGGUAGAGAUGCGCAUUGGCAAGGUGGCCUCUGCCCCUGAAGUGCCCCAGAAGCCAGGGCCCAAGCUGCUGACUGCUGAUGCUGCUGCCCCAGUGUUCCUGACUGAACUGCAGAACCAAGAAGUGCAGGAUGGGUAUCCUGUGAGCUUUGACUGUGUGGUGACUGGCCAGCCCCUGCCCAGCGUGCGCUGGUUCAAGGAUGGGAAAUUGUUGGAGGAGGAUGACCACUACAUGAUCAAUGAGGACCAGCAGGGUGGCCACCAGCUCAUCAUCACGGCUGUGGUGCCAGCGGACAUGGGUGUCUACCGCUGCCUGGCAGAGAACAGCAUGGGUGUCUCCUCCACCAAGGCUGAGCUCCGAGUUGACUUGACAAGCACAGACUAUGAAACUGCAGCUGAUGCCACGGAGACCUCGUCAUACUUCAGUGCCCAAGGCUACCUGUCCAGCCGGGAGCAAGAGGGGACAGAGUCAACCACGGAUGAGGGGCAGCUACCCCAGGUGGUGGAGGAUCUGAAAGACCUCCAGGUAGCCCCUGGAACACGCCUGGCCAAGUUCCAGCUGAAGGUGAAAGGCUACCCAGCACCCACACUGUACUGGUUCAAAGAUGGGCAGCCCCUGACUGCUUCUGCCCACAUCCGCAUGACCGACAAGAAGACCCUUCACACCCUGGAGAUCCUCUCAGUCACCCGGGAGGACACUGGCCAAUAUGCAGCCUACAUCAGUAAUGCCGUGGGUGCCGCCUACUCGUCUGCCCAGCUACUGGUCCGCGGCCCUGAUGAACAAGAAGAGAAGUCAGUGUCAGAUGUGCAUGAACAGCUGGUGCCACCCCGAAUCCUGGAGAGGUUUACCCCCAAGAAAGUGAAGAAGGGCUCCAGCAUCACCUUUUCAGUGAAGGUGGAAGGACGCCCAGCCCCCGCUGUGCACUGGCUCAGGGAGCAGCCCGAGGGCGGUGUGCUGUGGAUUGGCCCUGACACACCAGGCUACACCGUGGCCAGCUCUGCCCAGCAGCACAGCCUGGUCCUCCUGGAUGUAGACCGCCAGCACCAGGGGACCUACACAUGCAUUGCCACCAAUGCUGCUGGCCAGGCCCUCUGUUCUGCCAGCCUGCACAUCUCAGGCUUGGCCAAGGAGGAGGAGCAAGAGAAGGUGAAGCAGGUGCUUCUCUCCACUUUCCUCCAGGGGACAACCCAGGCCAUCUCAGCACAGAUGGCAGAACCCAUGGGUUUGGCUGAUCUCGCCGGGCAGAGAAAAGGAGAGGAGGUCCGCAGCCACCUGUCCCUUGCUGAGGUAGGCACAGAGGAGUUCUUGCAGAAACUUACCUCCCAGAUAACCGAGAUGGUGUCAGCCAAGAUCACACAGGCCAAGCUGCAGGUGCCUGGGGGUGACAGCGAUGAGGAAUCCAAGACACCGUCUGCAUCCCCACGACAUGGACGAUCGCGGCCUUCCUCCAGUGUCCAGGAGUCCUCCUCAGAGUCAGAGGAUGGUGACUCCCACGGUGAGAUCUUUGACAUCUAUGUGGUCACCGCUGACUACCUGCCCCUGGGGGCCGAGCAGGAUGCCAUCACGUUGCGGGAAGGCCAGUAUGUGGAGGUCCUUGAUUCAGCCCACCCACUGCGCUGGCUAGUACGCACCAAGCCCACCAAAUCUAGCCCAUCGAGGCAGGGCUGGGUGUCACCUGCCUACUUGGACAAGAGGCUCAAGCUGUCACCUGAAUGGGGAGCCACCGAGGCCCCUGAGUUCCCUGGGGAGGCUGUAUCUGAAGAUGAGUACAAGACAAGGCUGAGCUCUGUGAUCCAAGAGCUGCUAAGCUCAGAGCAUGCAUUUGUGGAAAAGCUGCAGUUCCUGCAGGGACACCACAUGCAGCACCUGGACCGCUGCCCCCACGUGCCUGCAGCCGUGGCCAGCCAGAAGGCCGUCAUCUUCCGCAAUGUGCAGGACAUCAGCUACUUUCAUAGCAGCUUCCUGCAGGAGCUGCAGCAGUGUGACACGGACGAUGAUGUGGCCAUGUGCUUCAUCAAGAACCAGGCGGCUUUUGAGAAGUACCUGGAGUUCUUGGUGGGCCGAGUGCAGGCCGAGUCUGUAGUGGUCAGCACAGCCGUGCAGGAGUUCUACAAGAAAUACGCAGAGGAGGCGCUGUUAGCUGGGGACCCUUCUCAGCCGCCCCCACUACCACUGCAGCACUACCUAGAACAGCCGGUAGAGCGCGUGCAGCGGUACCAGGCCCUGCUGAAGGAGCUGAUCCGCAACAAGGCUCGCAACAGGCAAAACUGUGCACUGCUGGAGCAGGCCUAUGCCGUGGUUUCUGCCCUGCCCCAGCGCGCCGAGAACAAGCUGCAUGUCUCCCUCAUGGAGAACUACCCAGGCACACUGGAGGCCCUGGGCGAGCCCAUCCGCCAGGGCCACUUCAUCGUAUGGGAGGGCGCACCGGGAGCCCGGAUGCCCUGGAAAGGCCACAACCGCCACGUGUUCCUCUUCCGCAACCACCUGGUAAUCUGCAAGCCCCGGCGAGACUCCCGCACAGACACCUUCAGCUACGUGUUUCGGAACAUGAUGAAGCUGAGUAGCAUCGACCUGAAUGACCAGGUGGAGGGGGAUGACCGUGCCUUUGAGGUGUGGCACGAGCGAGAGGACUCAGUGCGCAAGUAUCUGCUGCAGGCACGCACCGUCAUCACCAAGAACUCGUGGGUGAAGGAGAUCUGCGGCAUCCAGCAGCGCCUUGCCCUGCCCGUGUGGCGGCCACCGGAUUUUGAGGAGGAGCUGGCUGACUGCACAGCUGAACUGGGUGAGACGGUGAAGCUGGCCUGCCGUGUCACGGGCACACCUAAGCCUGUCGUCAGCUGGUACAAAGAUGGGAAGCAGGUGGAGGUAGACCCUCACCACAUCCUCAUUGAGGACCCUGAUGGCUCAUGUGCCCUCAUCUUGGACAACCUGACUGGAGUGGACUCCGGCCAGUAUAUGUGUUUUGCAGCCAGUGCUGCUGGCAAUGCCAGCACCCUGGGCAAGAUCCUAGUGCAAGUACCCCCAAGGUUUGUGAAAAAGGUCCGGGCCGCGCCCUUCAUAGAGGGAGAGGAUGCCCAGUUCACCUGCACCAUUGAAGGCACCCCGUAUCCCCAGAUCAGGUGGUACAAAGACAAUGCUCUGCUUACCCCUGGUGGCAAAUACCGAGUGAUGAGUGAACCCCGCAGUGGCAGUCUGGUGCUGGUGAUCCAGGCAGCUGACAAGGAGGACCUGGGCCACUAUGAGUGUGAGUUGGUGAACCGGCUGGGCUCCACACGAGGUGGCGCAGACCUAUACAUGCAGAGCCCUGCACUGCGGGCCCGAGAACAGCGCCACAGAGAGCAGCUUGUGGCUGCUGUGGAAGAAAAUGCCCUGGAGGACUCUGUCCGCACCACCCAGGAUCAAGUGGACCCGGAGGUCACAUCUGUCCAGCAGAGACUGCCCAGCCCUGAGGCUCCAGGCCCCUCUAUAGAGCACCUCACCAGCUCUGGCCUGAGUCCUGGGGAACCACCUGCACUCCAAGAGGCCAGCCCCCAGCUUCCAGGCAUAGGGGCCUCAGAUGCACCCGCUGCCUCUGCAGAGCAAAUAAGAGUCCACCUCCAUCAGCCGAGCCCCACUCCCAGCGCUGGACACUGUUUCCCAUCCUCUGAUCCCAUCCAAAGGCUCCUGGAGCCUGCUGCUGUGCCUGGUGAUGUGGGAGACCUAUCAAGGUGGACAGCCCCUAGGUCCCACCAGGUCUCUAGUUUUCCACCAGCCGAGGGCUUGAAGGUGCUACCGCCUCUCCCCCAUGAAGGCCUGGAGCAGAUGGAGACCAGCACUGGGGCACAGGAACGGACAGUGCCUGUUCGGAUGGAGGGCACAUCCUGGCUGCCAGCAGGUGUGGGAGAGCUGCUCUGGGACGUCCACAGCCAUGUGGUUACGGAGACCACACAGAGAACAUACGUGUACCGGGCCAUCGACACUGGCACCACAAGGCCCCCAUCCAUGCAGGUAACCAUCGAGGAUAUGCAACUCCAGGCAGGUGGCACGGCACAGUUUGAAGCUGUCAUCGAGGGCAACCCACAGCCCAUGGUGACCUGGUACAAGGACAGUGUCCAGCUGGCGGACAGCACCAGGCUUAGCCAACAGCAGGAGGGCAACACAUACUCUCUGGUGCUGAAGGACGUGACCUGGCAGGAUGCUGGUGUCUACACCUGUAUGGCUCAGAAUGCUGGUGGCCAGGUACUCUGCAAGGCGGAGCUCCUGGUCCAUGGAGGGGACAGCGAGCCUGACUUGGAGAAGCAAAGCCACCGGAGGAAGCUUCACUCCUUCUAUGAGGUCAAAGAGGAGAUUGGAAGGGGGGUGUUUGGCUUUGUAAAAAGAGUACAGCACAAAGGAAACAAGAUCUCGUGUGCUGCCAAGUUCAUCCCCCUGCGGAGCAAAACUCGGGUCCAGGCAUACCGGGAGCGAGACAUUCUGGGCACGCUAAGCCACCCACUGGUCACCGGGCUCCUGGACCAGUUUGAGACCCGGAAGACCCUCAUUCUCAUCUUGGAGCUGUGCUCCUCAGAGGAAUUGCUGGACCGCCUGUUCAAGAAGAGUGUGGUGACGGAGGCUGAGGUCAAGGUCUAUAUCCAGCAGCUGGUGGAGGGAUUACACUACCUGCACAGCCAUGGCGUCCUCCACCUGGACAUAAAGCCUCCCAACAUCCUGAUGGUGCAUCCUGCCCGGGAAGACAUUAAAAUCUGUGAUUUUGGCUUUGCCCAAAACAUCACCCCAGCGGAGCCACAGUACAGCCAGUAUGGCUCACCUGAGUUUGUCUCCCCUGAGAUCAUUGAGCAGAGACCCGUGAGCAAGGCCUCCGAUAUCUGGGCCAUGGGAGUCAUCUCCUACCUCAGUCUAACCUGCUCAUCCCCAUUUGCGGGUGAGAGUGACCGUGCCACCCUCCUGAAUGUUCUGGAGGGACGGGUGUCUUGGAGCAGCCCAAUGGCCGCCCACCUCAGCGAGGACUCCAAGGACUUCAUCAGGGCCACGUUGCAGAGGGCCCCAGAGGCCCGGCCAAGCGCCUCCCAGUGCCUGGCCCAUCCCUGGUUCCUGAAAUCCAUUCCCGCAGAUGAGGCCCACUUCAUCAACACCAAGCAGCUCAAGUUCCUCCUGGCCCGAAGUCGCUGGCAGCGCUCUCUGAUGAGCUACAAGUCCAUUCUGGUGAUGCGCUCCAUCCCGGAGCUGCUGCAGGGCCCGCCUGACAGCCCCUCCCUUGGAGUGGCCCGGCACCUCCGUGGAGAUGCCAGCAGCUCCUCCAGCUCCUCCUCCUCCUCUGACAAUGAGCUUGCCCCGUUUGCCCGGGCCAAGUCACUGCCACCCUCCCCGGUGACCCACUCACCGCUGCUGCACCCCCGGGGCUUCCUGAGGCCCUCAGCGAGCCUGCCUGAGGAGGCAGAGACCUGUGUGCCCACCACGGCCACAGCCCCAGCUGCUCCAAUGUUGCCUCUGGGUGCUGAACCACAGGGCACCCCAGGCCGCGUGCCCAGGCACAGUAUCAUCCGCAGCCUGUUCUACCAGCAAGCGGGGGGUGAGGGCCUGGGGAGUGGGGCUCCAGCCUCAGGAGGCAAGCGGCACCUGCUGAAGAGUGGCUACAUUGCGGGGACACUGCCUGGCUUGCGUGAGCCUCUGCUGGAACACCGCGUGCUGGAGGAGGAGGCCGCAGGGGAGGAGCAGGCUGCCCUAAUGGCCAAAGCCGCCUCCUUUGAGACUGCCCUUCAGCCACCCAGUUCUGGUGCCCAGGAAGCCCCUGGCCGCAGCCGCUCUCUGGACCAUGACCUGCUGAGCACUGCCAGCUCUUCUUGCCACCAGGGACAGUGUCCACCCCAGGCCCCCUCAGGGCUGGCAUGUUGGGGUUCUGACCGGGAGACAGGACAUCCUGAAGGGUCCGUGCAGGGGCCCAAGCUAUUGCCAUCUACUGCUGGUGAAUCAGGCUCUGCUCUUCAAGAGGGGAUGUCCUGUGAAAGUUCUUUGUGUCACCCCAAGCAGAGUUCUGCCCCCCAAGAGGGUUGUGGCCCCCCAUCCUCCUUCCCUCCCAGACCAUGCCUGGUACCCUCGAGUCCCUUCUUGGGAGAGUUCCCAGUGCCCCUGAUGCCAGAAAGCCCCCUGCCAGACUCUAAGAUGGGGCUGGAUGACAUCUCUCCUCCAGGGCAGCCUAAGCCCAGCCCCUCCAGUCCCCUAGGGCCAACUUUGCAGGUGAGCAUACAGUCUAGCUCCUCUCUGGAUGAUGAGGGCCUGUCCCAGGAUACCAGCAAUCUGUCAGACUCAACGCCUACCCUGCAGAGGCCUCAGGAGCAGGCGACCACACGGAAGUUCUCCCUGGAGUGCCAUGGGGGCUACGCCGGGGUGUCAGGCUACGGCACAUUUGCUUUUGGCGGGGAUGCAGGUGGCAUGCUGGGGCAGGGGCCCAUGUGGGCCAGGAUGGCCUGGGCUGUGUCCCAGUCCUCAGAAGAGCAAGACGAGGCCAGGGCUGAGAGUCCAGUGCCCCUUGCCAGUGCAGGGCCCAUGCCAGAGGCCAGUGGGUCUCCCUCCCGGGCCUCCCCAGAGCCAACUGAGUGGGAGGACACUGGGGAGGUGUCCCUUGUGCAGAUCCGAGACCUAUCAGGUGAUGCAGAGGCGGCCGACACCAUAUCCCUGGACAUUUCUGAGGUGGACCCUGCCUACCUCAACCUCUCAGACCUGUAUGACAUCAAGUACCUCCCAUUCGAGUUCAUGAUUUUCAGGAGGGUCCCCAAGCCUGUGGAGCAGGAGCCGCCUUCCCCCGAGGCGGAGGCCGGGGAGGGGCUGGCAGAGUUCCCAGAGACUGCGUGGCCCUGGCUGGGUGAGCCGGGCCCCCCGCCAAGCCUGCAGAUUGUAGAGGAGCCGGAGGACAUGGAGGCCCGAGCUGCUGUGGGCAAGAAACGCAAGUGGUCCUCUCCAACCCGUAGUUUCUUCCAUUUCCCUGGGAAGUACCUACCCCUGGAGGAGUCUGCAGAGCUUGGGCUGCGGCAGAGGGUGAAGGCCUCUAUGGCCCACAUCUCAUGGAUCCUGAAGGGCAGGCCAGAAGGUCUGGAAAAAGAGGGGCCCCCCAGGAAGAAGCCAGGCCUUGCUUCCUUGGGGCUCUUGGGUCUGAAGAGCAGGGACCGAGCACCGUCAUUCCUAAGAGAGCUCUCUGAUGAGACUGUGGUCCUGGGCCAGUCAGUGACACUGGCCUGCCAGGUAUCGGCCCAGCCAGCUGCCCAGGCCACCUGGAGCAAAGAUGGGGUCCUCCUGGAGAGCAGCAGCCGUGUCCUCAUCUCCUCCACUCUCAAGAACUUCCAGCUUCUGACCAUCUUGGUGGUGACAACUGAGGACCUUGGCAUGUACACCUGCAGCAUAAGCAACUCUCUGGGGACAGCAGCCACCACGGGCAUCCUGCGGAAGGCAGAGCGUCCCUCAUCCUCACCACGCCCGGACAUUGGGGAGGUAUACGUGGAUGGGGUUCUGCUAGUCUGGAAGCCUGUGGAAUCCUAUGGCCCUGUGACCUACAUCGUGCAGUGCAGCCUGGAAGGUGGCAGCUGGACCACACUGGCAACUGACGUCUUUGACUGCUGCUAUCUCACUGGCAAGCUCGCCCGGGGUGGCACAUAUACCUUCCGCACUGCGUGUGUCAGCAAGGCGGGAAUGGGCCCCUACAGCAGCCCCUCGGAGCAGGUCCUCCUGGGAGGACCCAGCCAUCUGGCCUCUGAAGAAGAGAGUGGCAGGGGGAGGCCAGCCCAGCCUCUCCCCAGCACACAGACCUUUGCCUUCCAGACACAGAUCCGGAGGGGCCGCUUCAGUGUGGUCCGGCAGUGCCGGGAGAAGGCCAGUGGGCGGGUGCUGGCUGCCAAGAUCAUCCCCUAUCAGCCAGAGAACAAGACAACUGUGCUACGUGAAUACGAGGCCCUUAAGGGCCUGCGCCACCCCCACCUGGCCCAGUUGCAUGCGGCCUUCCUCAGCCCCCGGCACCUGGUGCUCAUCUUGGAGCUGUGCUCAGGGCCAGAGUUGCUCCCCUGCCUGGCCGAGAGGGCCUCCUACUCGGAAUCUGAGGUGAAGGACUACCUGUGGCAGAUGCUGAGUGCCACCCAGUACCUGCACGCCCAGUGCAUCCUGCACCUGGACCUGAGGUCUGAGAACAUGAUCAUCACUGAGUACAACCUGCUCAAGGUCGUGGAUCUGGGCAGUGCCCAGAGCCUCAGCCAAGAGAAGGUGCUGCCCUCGGAGAAGUUCAAGGACUACAUGGAGACCAUGGCUCCAGAGCUCCUGGAGGGCCAGGGAGCUGUUCCACAGACAGACAUCUGGGCCAUUGGUGUGACAGCCUUCAUCAUGUUGAGUGCUGAGUACCCAGUGAGCAGUGAGGGGACCCGUGACCUACAGAAAGGCCUGCGCAAGGGGAUCGUCCAGCUGAGCCGCUGCUACACGGGGCUGUCCGGGGGUGCCGUGGACUUCCUGCGAAGCACACUGUGUGCCCACCCCUGGGGCCGCCCCUGUGCAUCCAGCUGCCUGCAGUGCCCAUGGCUGACCGAAGAGGGCCCAGGCAGCUUGAGGCCCACGCCUGUGACCUUCCCCACCAUGCGGCUGCGCACCUUCCUGCGUGAGCGGGAAAAGAGGAGGGCACUGCUAUACAAGAGGCACAGCCUGGCCCAGGUGCACUGAGCAGCCCCGUGGGGCUACUGCAGGUGCACAGAUGGUGGUACCAAUAAAAUGGCAAAACCUGG